UCUCAACACGAAUUGAAUUAGAAACAGAGCAACCAUGAAUUGCUUCCCCCCGUCUUUUCUCUCAUCUCCCUUUCUUUCUGUCUUCUCCAUUCUGCUGUUUCUGAGCACCCCAUCUGACUCGUACUUGCACUCUUCUUGUACUGGCGCAGAAGCCUCCAGUGGGUUUGUACAAAACCUAGAGCUUGCGAUCAACUCUUUGUCAAACGAGCCUAUCACCCAUGGCUUCACCAACUUAACGGUUGGAGACUACCCGGACCAAGCAAGCCUACUCCUUCAGUGUAGAGGAGACAUCAAUAGCACAGAUACGUGUGAAAAAUGCGCAGCAAACUUCGGCUCAAAACUGCACCAUAUCUGCCCAAAUGAUUCACAGGGGGUAGUAUGGACAGAUGAUUGCUUGUUACACUUCUUUAAUGGAGAGAUCUCUGGUAAGGUCGAUUAUGAUAACAAGGGUUGUAUUUGUAAUGCAACUAAAAAUGCUCAGCCCCAAGCGCUAGGUAGCUUUCUGCUCAGUUUCUUGAGCAAUCUGACGUCUAGCACAAUUGCUUCGAACCCAAGGUUUGCCAGGGCUGGAGUUGGAAUACCGGGGACGUCGCAGAAGCUAAGUGGAUUAGCGCAGUGUACUGGUGAUGUUGAGACCAGUGAAUGUAAGGCCUGUCUGCAGGAUGCCAUGGAGAGCAUCAACAGCUGCUGCGAGGGGAAGACGAGUGGAUUGUUUCUUCUUGGCAGUUGUUACAUGAGUUUCAGCAUCUUCAACUUCACAUUUAAGUCGUCGCCAGUAAUACCAGCAGCAACUUCUCUGGCACCUACUCCCACUCCUGCACCUCAAGAACGUUCAAAAGGUGGUUGGGCUGCACUAUCAGAAACCUCGAAAGCCGCUAUAUUAUCUGCCACCGAGAAUGUAGGAAUUGUUGCUCUCAUCGGUACAGGCUUUUGGUUAUAUUCAUCGUCACGAGGCGGCGGAGGCAUAGUUGGCCGCAUCUCAAGGGGAGCUUCAAGCCUAGCAGGUUAUAGACCCUCCAAUCCUUUCGGCAGCAAAGAAGAGAUGCAAAACAGAGUCAACAAGGGAGCGUCGGGAUUACUGGGCGUUGGGCCAUUCAACCUUUUCGGUGGCAAUCCACAAGCCGGCGGUGAAUCCAAAAAAGAGGGGGAGGGGAAUGAUAAACUGGCUGACAGGUUAGAUGAUGAAAAUCCGCCCACUGGGAAAGGCACAACAACAACAGGACUUGGGUAUCAAAAGUCGCAACAUGUUGCUGGCUCUUCACUGAACAGCAACCAAGAGCGGCAGUUGAACAGGGCAGUGGCUUUAAGAGCAGAACAAAGCAGUGUUCAAGCAGAAAGCUUGAGUAUUGUACCUCUAGAAAUUUCCGGGCAGCAGGGCAAGAUGGUGGUCUCACAAUCCACGACAGACGACGUAACAUGGACAGGCAAAAACGCAAUUAUAAGUUCACCAAAGACUGACGCACCACAGGCACUAGAAAAAGAAACUGCAGUUCAUGUUGCCAUGCUAGAGAGAGAACUCAGGGACUCGGUCGUUGCACAUGCAAGGCUGGAGGGCUCAUUGCAUACAUCCCGAACUACACUUGAGUGGAUGAUGAAUGUAUUCGGUGCAUGGCUAAGGCUAGCUCCCCCACCCCCAAUCCCUUGUUCACAAACUCUUAUCGGCCAAACCUCUCUGGCCUCAGAAGGAAGCCAUAGUACCACAAUCCACCCACACGCUGCUCUUUGUCCACCGACCAACGGUGUCGUCGUUCAUGGCCGCCACGAUCAUGAGACUCUAGGGGCUCCUACCUCUCACCGCCAUGACAAGGACCUAGAUGAUGCUGUUGGCACAGCCUUACCAAGUGAAAUUGGCAGCACCCUUCUGGAGCACUCUAACCUUGCAGACGCUCCUGAACCUGGCACCGUUACUCCAGGAAUACCAGAAACUGCAGCUCUCGAUCAGACUUCGACUUCGAUAAGUCCAAUCGGCUCCGCUGCGCGAUCAAACACCAAGGUGGCCGAAAUAGAAACUCAUGAUGCUCAACAUGAUGAGAAGGACAAAAAAGAGUUCGGUGGCAGAUCUGGCUAAGCGCUGAAACGGAGGUCCAUGAUGCUGAAGAAUGGGUUCGUCUUAAUUGGGAGUGGAGAUAGAGAUUGUGGUUUCCUUUUUAAAUUUUUAGGGGCAAGUUUGUGUUAGCUGGGUGUGAACCAAGUUGAAGGUCUCAAGCGAAGCCCGCGGCCCGGGUGAAAGUGAGCUUCUGUCAAUUAUUUUUUGUUUUUCGUAUACUCUUUGUUUGAUUGUCUGUUGGAUAUGGUAGUUUCCUGCUUGGUAUCACAGUCAGGCGCAAACUAUCUGGGGACCCUACACUUUCAAUUUCUUUCCUUUUCUUUUCCUUGUUUUUUUUUCUGGUGUAAAUGGGCAUUUUCUGAUUGUGCCAAAUCUGGAUCAGACCAUAAGAUUCAGAUCCAUAGUACAAGUGUGAGGUUUCUUAAUUCUUAGACACAUGGUUUCUCUCAA